AUGGCUACAAGGGCGGCCACUUUUACAGCCAAGAUCCGAACCUUGCAGGAUUACCACAGCCGGAUCAGGAAUAAUGUCCUUCCAGAGCCAAGUGGAAUGGAUAUUGCCAACACCUUGAAGUACUUUUCCCAGACUCUGUUGAGUGUUCUCAAGGAUGUUCCUGAUAUUCCAUCAGAAAGCUAUGGUCCUCGUCAGAGAGACAGUGUACGCUUGUCUAUUUUCCCAAACUUGAAUUAUUCAGGUUUAUAUGAAGCUGUUCUGGAUAUCAUCGAUAUCGUCCCUCAACUUUUAAUUAAACAACAUGAUCUUGGAGAAGCAAUAUCAAAUGUUCUUGGUUGUUUAGUACCAUUUCUAGAACAUGACCUCCUUGAUGCUCUUCCGUAUACUGUGGCCUCAACAUUGGCAAUAUUUCCCCCUUCUCUACACAAAGACACAAUUGACUUGCUUUGCAGCAGUCUCCUUCCUAUGACAUUGGGAAGUUAUGGAUGUGAUGAACCAACGUAUGCCAGUGAAUCAGUAGCUGCUAUUAUAACCAUCGUGUUCCAGCACACUGACAAUAGCAUGUUCCACUCUCAAAUCCUUGAAUUUUUUAUGAGUAUGAAAAGGGAUGUUGUAAAGGAUCUGCUCAGUGUUAUUGCGUAUGGGCCACCCUCUGCCCGUGCUCCAGCUUCUAAUUUGCUGUUCUACUAUUGGCCACAGCUGAAUCCGUCUCUAUCUGAACGGAGAGGAAUCCAUUAUAAAUACUUACCUUGGCCUCCAGUUUUAUGCCAAAGAGAGAACUGUGUCAAUUCAAGAAAUUGUCAAGCAGUCAAGAUGUGUUUAAAUCCAGCUUUAGCCAUCCAGUCUCGAGACAAGCCACCUCCUUUGUACAUCUGCAGUGAUUGUGCCGAGCCACUCAAGAGGGAACAUGGUGAAUACAUGGUCGACAUUCUCUUGCCAAUGUCUCAUGUCCCAACAUCUUGUGAGAACAGGAAUUGUCGCUCAAGCAAUGCAAUAGCAGUGUGCACAUGUUUCAGUAUUGAAUGUGCAAGUCAAAAUGGCAACAGGCCUGUGCGUUAUUGCAGAGACUGCCAUAAAAUGCGGCACAACACAGAAGCUGGAGAAAAACAUAUCUACCACGAGAGCAUUCCUGAAAUCUGGGACUGUAACCAUGAAAUGCAACGUUACCUUAUUGAUGCCAUUGUUAGUUUGUUGAAGGAAGCCCAGCCUUUACAGUCAAAGCGUAUUGUUGAGAUGGGUGAUGAAUAUUUUUAUCAAAUACCUGAAGAUGAAGACUUUUAUGAUGAGGGCACAACUGACAGAAAACUGCUCAGCCGUUAUGGAAUUUGGCUUCUGGUGGAACUUUGUAAACCAAAGGAAGACAUUCCAAUUGAAAUUCUUGGGCGACUACUGAGUAUGCUGUUCCAGUGGUUUGAUGCCACUGCUUAUUUGCCUGAUGAUAAUGCUGGUAGUGCUCUUGAGCGACUAAAACCUGAGUAUAUUUCUAAGUGGUUGCAGAAGGUUGCAAAAACACAUUUUGAAGUGAUUAUUUCCUGCUUGCUGCCUCAUCCUGUUGAAUAUGCCCGUGUUGGAGGUUACUGGGAUACCUUAUCAACACGUACCACACAAAUUAAGGAAGGACUAAAUUGCUUCUUUUGUCUUGUACCUUACGAUAUUAUCACAUUUGAGAUUUGGGACUAUGUCAUGCCAUAUUGGUUAGAGGCCAUCCGAACAGAAGUCCCACUUGAUGAACUGAAUGAAUUAAAAGUUCUUCUCAGCAAAGCCUUUGACAUAGACAUGUGUCCUUUACCAUUUACCUUGGAGCGGAUGUAUCAUUUUGUGUCUGAGCGCUUUCACGAUGGCAGUGCCUAUGUUCAAGAACAAUCCUUACAAUGGCUUCAGGUGUUGUCAUCCUUGGAUAUCAUAAUUCCAAUACACUUACUUCUGAAAAUGUUCAAAAAUGGGGUAGAAUAUCUUCACCGCUCAGACCCUGCGAAAGCAUCUUCAGGGAGAGAUGGUGUCUCUCAGUCUUUGCUCUCACCUUCAUCUCCAGUUGAAGAUUACCUGCCCCACCUCAGCCCUGAGCGCUCCAAAACAAUGCAUGAAACUGUCGACCUUUUUGACAGAGAGACUGAGUUGCAUCUGCCUUGUUUCCUUAUGAUGUUGGAUAUCCUUUUAAAACAGUUGGAACUCCAAGAAGCCCCACGUAAUUUGGGUAUUUACAAUGAUACGAGUCAGCAGUUAAUGCAAUUAUUAGCCACAAUGCUUAAUGGACCUUGGGAUGGUACCCAUACAUGUAAUGAUCAGCAGGAGUCUCUUAAUUGCCUCUAUUGCCAAAAUAUUGCUAUGUGGUACCAGAUGUCUUCAAAAAUGUUGGAAUAUAUUUGCCCUCGAGAUGUUGCUAAGAUCCCAACCAAAGAGUUACCGAAAGUAGAAAAUAUUUCUGCAGUUUCAACAAUACACUCUAAAGCCAGUGAUUCUAGUAACAGCAGUGGUCAUGAUGAAACUCGUCCACAUUUACAGCCAAGUCCAAAACAUGAGUUUUAUAUGGCAGACAUGCCUGUCUAUUUACAACUCUACAACUCUUUAGUACAGUGUUUGUGUUCUGAUCCUGACGUAGAUGCCAGUUUUUAUCUACUGACCAGUUUGAAAUAUCUUGUGUUGCAUGGAGAAUCACUAAACUAUAGCAUUCAAACCCAUCAGGAUUUUAUCAAAUACACACUCAGCAAAAAACUCAUGCCAGCUUUAUGGAAAUUGAUGGAAGCUGAACAUUCACAGUUGGUAUCCAUUUGUGUUCCCUUAAUAUUACAUGCCUUAACACUUCCGACUGGGGCAGAUGUUCUGUGGCAUAUGGUUGAGACAGAUUUUGGGUCAGAUGAUUGGAAAAUACGAUUUGCUGCUGUUGAAAAAGUAGUUGUGAUUUGUCGCUUGUUGAAUGCUGACUCAAUCCAUAACAACCAAGUCAUCCAAACAGCAUUAUCACAUGCAUUUUGCUACCUCAUUGGUUCCCUUGAAGAUCUUAACACUGUUGUAUCACAAAGGACCAUUAUUUAUUUAGAAACAAUCAAUCCCUCAGCAAUCAAAUGCUUAAUUCAAUGCUUAGAGUUCCAGUUUGACACAGUGAUAAGUGACCGCACAAUGAUUCUGCAUCGAAUCCAUUUGUUAUCCAGCGUACUACCAGACCAACCAAUUUUAUCUUGGGAAUUUUUCUCUUCACGUUUUGAUACUCUGUCUCUCGAAGCUCAGCUAGAUCUAGAAACUACCGGCGAUAUAUCUUAUCCAACAGAUUUGACCAGUAGUGAUCGUGAAAGUGAGCAUUUUUUGAGGAAACUCAACCGAGCCCGAUUUGCACUGGCCCGGACAGACAGUAUUCGUUCUGUGAGUGAGAGUCUCAAGAACAAACCCCCCUACCGACGGGCAGUAUCCGUACCCCUCCACCUUGUGACAAGAAGUGCUCCACCUAAAGAACCCGCGGAGAAGUGCACAAAAAGGAAGCUGUUUUUUUAUAAAAACAAAGAAAAGGCCUGCAUCCGCCAGCAGUCAGCUCCACAGUUCAGCCUUGGACGGCGAAUGACAGCCAAAUUUGGUUUAGGAACUUUCAGUAACUACAUGUUCUCAGGAGGUCAGCUGAGAGAGUUCACUGAUGAAGAAAGCAACUUCACUGCAUUACUCCAGAAGGCAAUGGAUUUAGAAGGGGUUGACAGGGACACAAUCUAUCAGCUUGUAGCUUUACUUAUGAAGUUUAUGGUGAAGAUUGAGGACAAAGACAUGACUGAUUAUUGUUGUCCUGGUAAACCACAGAGCAUAGUUCUUCGUCAUCUUAAUGUAUUACUUGGCUACAACCAAACAGAGCAAACCUUCAAUGUACCUCCAUACAAGUUAAGGUCAUCAGCUGUUUUUAACGCCUUUCUUAGUGGAGUACCUUAUGUGUUGGAUCGAAAUUUCCCAUUGGGUAACAUGAUUCUUCCAAUCACAUUGAUGGUAUUCAAAUAUGCUCCCUCUCCACAACGGUAUGCUAGUGAUUACCAACCACCAAAUUAUACCUUAUGGUUUCUGGAAUCACAUGUUAGACAUUCUUGGCUUAUGGGUCUUCUUGUCAUUUUGUAUAAGUAUCAAAUAAAUGCAAACAGUGCUACAACUGAAAUCGUCCAAAUUCUGGUGCGGAUUGUCAUCAAUACAAUUGAUGCUCAACAUCACCGAUGUAAGAAAGGGGACGAUGGUUUUACACCACCAAUGCCUAAGUACCACAGGAGUAGAGAUGCAAGUAAGGUCUCUGCAAGUGAUCUGGAAAACAUUCAGGAAACUGAGACCCCACCCCAAAGCCCUACAAAUAUGAAAAAUACCAGUGGAGGGGAUAAAAGUAGCAGUCUAAGGAUCCACAUGGCCUCCCCAAUCAAAGAAAGUAUUGUGCGGUAUACAAAAAAUAAGUAUAGUGUAAAAGAAAGUAUCACUGAAGGCCCCAUGUCUGAUACUGACUCUACGCCAACCCAUAGUUCAUCAAUCAAAAAAGACCAGAAAAAGGCCUCCAAGCCAAGCCGCUUUGGUCGACAACAGGUUCGGCAGAAUGGUAAUGGAAAGGAGAGUGAAUCUGCCCAUUCAACCACCUCCCCACCCACUUCAGAUACAACAAAUUUAGAUAAAACUCCUGAUGAAGCUGCCGAGUUACCUAUAGAAUCUUGUCCUUCUGCUGCUCCGGGUGAGACCCCAUCCUCUCAAUCCUCAACUGUGGACAAGAAGAUGGCACAGCAGAUCCAAGAAUUUGAGCAACAGAACGAAGUUCAGAAGCAGUCAACUACAGUAGCAUCAACUCUGUCCAGCAGCACAACCACAGAUGGCAACAGUGGUCGUGACGGCACAACCACUUCAGAAUGGAGCCGUGAUCAAGCUCUGUCUGAAGUGGACAGUACGGAAGACAGCGAAAAAGGACAGACAUCUGAUGCUGAAUCAGAAAAACAACAUACGGCAACAGAUUCUGGAGAUGCAACACUUGAUGAAAACAAAGAUGAUUCUUCAGCAACUUUAUUCACACGUGAUUACCUGUUUAAACCAAACUACCGUCAACGUAAAGCACGUAAAACUGGUCUUACAACUAUUGAACUGCAGAAGAUUUUCCCUGAACUUUCCGAAAAUGCAUCAGCUGCACUUCAAGAAGAAACAAGCAGCAAGACUACCCGAAGAUCCCGACGCAGCGAAUUACUGAACAAGAAUCAAGCAAAGAAGCAACAAAGGCCACAAUAUCAGCGAUAUGGUGAGAAUAUUAUGGCUGACCGAUGUCCUGAAUGUCAUGCUAUUCUGGAACAGUAUGAUGAAGAAACAAUUGGCUUGUGUAUCAUCGUCUUGUCUACUUUUAUAUAUAGAGAACCAGCAUUAGCAAUGCCUACAGUGUUAGACAGUCUGCAAACUGUGGCAAGGAUUGCAGCAAGUAGUCCCUAUCCAUGGCAUGUUGACAGUAACCUGAUGGCUCCAGGUAAUUGUGUUAGUAUUGCACGUCAGUUUUUGCGCUGUAGUCUACACCACCUGGCACCAAAUGGGAUCUUUCCAGUCUUGUUUCAAAGCAAUUUAGAAGAUUCAAAUUUCUGGAAAACAAUGGCUUCUGUUUUAAUUGAUUUUAAUGAACUCACCUGUCAUACACCUAUACAAUUACUCCUUGAGGGCUUCAACAACAAGAAAAAUUUCCCUUCUGAAAAUAUUAUGCUUCUUCUCAGUAACCUGGCUACUUACAUGAACUGUAUCCCUUUGGAGACAUCUUCCCCUUUGUGGCCAAAUAUUCUCACUCAAUUUGAAAUAUUCUUCAGACAUUUACCUCUGGUUCUGCCAAAUCCUUGUGAUACCACUUCCCUACUUAGCAUCAUGAUUUCAAUUCUCAAAAUUCCUGGAAUAACUAAUGUCCGAGGUAUACUGGAGCCAUUUUCCAAGGUGCUGAGUUUCACAAUUCAGAACUGUUCCUUUAAAUUACAGCAGAUCAUUGACAUCUGUUCCCUCUGCAGUCGUACCAUGGCCAAAGAGAGGGACAAACUGUAUCUGACCAGGACUGUUAUCUUGGAGCUUGUACAAGCUUUGAAAUUUAAACAGAGUUUGCCUGAUGACAAUUUGUUGUCAUUAGUACAGUUUGUUGUGUUAGACGCUGGGGGUACGAUCUGUCCCACAAAUAUUGUGGGGCAUGAUGUUUGUACCCUGUUUAAGGCUCAGUCGCAGAUGCUUACUAGCACAUGUGUAGCAGAUUGCACGAAGCAACAUCUCAAUGAUUGUGUAGAGUUUAUUUCUGAUUUACAUACGCUGACCAAAGUUAAGAAUAAUAUGAAAGGUGGGGCAUUAAACGAAGACACUCUUGGUAGCCAGUUAAAAUCUGGUAUUGCCCAAUACAUUGCACUUGAAAUUACUAAAGGUAAUGGCCGUGAUAACAAAGCUGUUUCUCGGUAUUUGCCAUGGCUUUAUCACCCACCAUCGACCAUGCAACAAGGUCCAAAAGAAUUUAUUGAUUGUCUGAGUCAGAUUCGUCUACUUUCUUGGAUUCUGAUUGGUUCUCUCACUCACACUGCACUUACUGAAGGGUCGGAGUCUAUUUACUGUCUUCCUGUUCCAUUAGAUGCUGGCUCUCAUAUUGCAGAGCAUAUCAUGGUCAUCAUGACUGGAUUUGCAGAGUAUUCCAAGACUUCAGUAUUGCAUAUGUCAUCAUUGUUUCAUGCUUUUAUCCUGUGUCAGUUAUGGACAAUGUACUGUGAAUCAGCAGCUGCUCACUAUCCCCCAAAUAGUGAUUACCACCAAACAGCCUCAGACAAUGUUAUAGACUUUUGGGCCCGGGUCACCCCUGGUGUUUUACAGCUGCUCUCGCAUGCAAAAGUGCUUGCAGAAAUGGUAAAUUUACACUUCCUGCGACUAAUGGAAGCAUUGCAGGAAUGCAACUCUUCAGUUUUGGCAAAAUUAUUCCCUAUGUGGACAGCAAUCCUCUUUGCUUAUCAUUCACAACUCCCAGCUCACUUACAGGUCCGUCUUCAAGCCUGCCAGAACUGGGAACCUCCAAUCCAGACCAAAGACCAAGCUUCUUUCACAGCUUCGAUUCUUUUGAGUUGGCUGAAACGGAUCCAAUUUAAACUCGGACAAAUUGAAGUCCAAUCUUCUGCGGCUACUCAGUUCUAUACAGUAUAG